CAGGCGAGUUAAGACACAUUCACCACUCACCUAUGACUCUAUAUUCGGGCCAAUCAGUUCACUCAAGACGCCAUACGGAGAAGUGAGUAAUCUACUUCAGUUGCGCACCUAGCGGGCUAGAAACGCAAGAUCCCGGAUGAUCACCAGCAGUUAGGCAGAUGACGCUGUAUCCCAGAUGGAAUAGAAACGUUGUAUCCUACAAAUAUUCAGGGACGGCAGUUUCCCCCGAAAUUUCCUGGUGGUUGCUGCAGCACAGUAUCAAAGCAUGGGGCGUUGAGCCAUCGGGGAUGAUUUGAGGCGGUGGCCAUGGCCACGGCCGCUCGUAGUACCGACAUGUCUUGUUAACGAAAAGUAAGGUGCCAGGGCAUAAAUAGGUGGCCGAACGUGGGUGGCUGGCUUGGACUCUCAAUGUGUGCGGUGGUCGCGAUGGUGAGCCGCCUCUUCCAGGGGUUAUAUGCAGCUGUGUGGCACGAAAAGCGCGGCAGCUUUGCUCACAGGGAGAAAACGGAUGAGGAGGUGAUUGUAAGAAUUGACGGAAAAGUCGCUGAUACGAGCAAAUGCACUUUCACUUACGGAGCACAAGCUGGAUCUCGGGCCAAGUGCUCUGGCUUUCGUGACGAAUCGGGUAUUCUUGCGUAUACUAGUUGCAGGAUCCGACUCGGGUACGUCGAACGGCAACACAACUGGGGUCAAUAUACGGAAGGUGGGUUACUUCGAACACUCUAGGCCGUCUUGGGUCACCCAAUAUUACUCACCACUUUGGGUAAUAAUCUUCCCAAAAGCAAAGUACCUUGCAAUAUUGAUUGUUGUCGCCGGUGGUGACAGGGUUCUAGAUUCAACGUGACCAAGAUCCAUACAUCUCUUUCUGUUCUCCCA